AUGGACCCUGCCAUCCUGGUGCUUCUGGUGGCAGCUGGCAUCUGGCAUGGCUUGGCAUCUCCGACAAUCGACCCUAAUGUCACCGCCAUGAUUGUAAACAAGGGAGACCCUGUAAACUUGCACUGCUCUGGGGAUUUCAGCGUGGAAUGGGUCAGCGCAAGACAGAAUAUGAUCGUGUACUCCAGUGGCACUAACAGCACUCUCAGUAUUACCAGUUCCAGUUACAGGGACACCGGCACCUAUCAGUGCGCUUAUUCCAACAGCAGUGACAUGGAGCGAGCAUCCAUCCAUCUCUUUGUGAGAGAUCCCAAGAAGGUGUGGUAUGUCCAUAGCGUCAGUGUCAGAGUAAGCGAAGGCCGUGAUGCACGGCUGCCAUGUCUGAUCACUGACCCAGAGUAUGGGUCCAACGUUACCCUGCUGAAGGAUGAUGAUUCUCCAGUCUUACCAGGGACUGAGUUUUCUUUCAGCCCUCAGGAUGGAGUAACCAUAUACAGCGUGCAGCAAGAUCAUAAAGGAUAUUACAGGUGUGGGGCCCAUAUCAACGGAAAAGUGGAGAGAUCAUCGAAAAUCAAAUUGAUUGUUCUAAAAGCAACAGUAAAGCCGCUCUCCGUCACGGUGGAGCAAAAAGACCAUGUGCGAAUACAGGGGGAAAGUUUCCAGAUCAUCUGCAAUUUAAUUUCUCCUUCCCACAAGUACAACGUCAAGUGGAUCCAUCCAGCUCAGAAUGUCACCACCACGACCAACAACAACUUUGAAGAUGGGGACUAUUACGUUUCCUUCACCCUAUACAUUCCAGCGGUGACAAUAGGAGACAGUGGACGAUACAGUUGUGUAGCAAACAAUUCUGUGGGAUCCAGUAAUUCUUCAACUGUGCUCCAGGUUGUAGAGAGAGGUUAUGUACGUCUGUUGCCCAUGCAGAACAGCAGCCACGAAGUAAAGUUGGGAGGAAAUCUGGAACUGCAGGUCUUGAUUGAGGCUUACCCCAGACUUAGCAACUGGAGUUGGACCCAUGAGAAUCCUUCCCAACACUCUGUGAGCGCCCUACGCAAUGGCCAAAUGGUCCCUGGUAACAACAGGUACACCACCACGCUCUCCCUGAACCGGCUGAAAGAAGAUGAAAGGGGACUGUAUACAUUCUAUGCUGCGAAUGAUGCGGCCAAUGCAUCCGUGACCUUCAGCAUCUCCCUGAAAUUCCCGCCUGAGGUCCAUCAUGUCGGGAUGGUAUUCAAUGACUCCACGAGCCUUCACUGUGUAGCCAGUGGUUACCCUGCUCCACAUAUUGAGUGGUAUCAGUGCCCCGGGCAUGCAGACAGAUCUGACCAGGGAAGAACACUGAUUCGGAAUGACACCAGCCCAGGGGUCAUAAGCAAAUUGCCCUUUGGAAAGGUGAAAGUAGAGAGCAUCCUUCAAAUUAAGGAGUUUGAGUACAAUGUUACCUUUUGCUGCUGGGCCAUUAACAGCGAGGGGAAUGACUCACAAAUACAUAGCCGUGUCCCUUUUACAGAAAGAACCCAGAUGCGCCAACAUGAGCUCUUCAACCCCAUUCUCUCCGCCUCUGUGGGAAUAUUGGUCUUGCUUCUCCUGCUGCUCCUCUUCCUGCUGUACAAAUAUAAUCAGAAACCAAAAUACCAGGUGCGGUGGAAGAUCAUUGAGGCCUGCGAAGGGAAUAACUACAUCUUUAUUGACCCCACCCAGUUGCCUUACAAUGAGAAAUGGGAAUUCCCCAGGAACAACCUGCAGUUUGGAAAGACCCUGGGAGCAGGAGCCUUUGGAAAAGUGGUAGAAGCCACUGCUUUCGGGAUGGGGAAGGAAGACACUGUCCUCAAAGUGGCUGUGAAGAUGCUCAAAUCAACAGCCCACACAGAUGAACAGGAGGCCCUUAUGUCUGAGCUGAAAAUCAUGAGUCACUUGGGCCACCAUGAGAACAUUGUUAACCUGCUGGGAGCCUGUACUUAUGGAGGCCCAAUUCUGGUCAUCACUGAAUACUGUCGCUAUGGAGAUCUGCUGAAUUUCCUGCGGAAGAACGCAGAGUCCAUAAUCAUCCAGGACUCAAGCCUGGACUCCUCUCUGGAUAGCACAGCCGAUUACAAAAACAUCUAUCUGGAGAAGAAGUAUGUCCGAAGUGAUAGUGGGUUUGCAAGCCAGUGUUUGGAGACCUAUGUUGAAAUGAGACCUGUGCCAUCAGACUCCAUGCCAGCAGGGGGUAAGUUACAAGGCAAGAACCCAGAGGAAGAACAGGAUACUCGGCCCCUGGAUCUGUAUGACCUGUUGCAGUUCUCCAAUCAGGUGGCCCAGGGAAUGGCCUUCCUUGCCUCAAAGAACUGCAUCCACCGGGACUUGGCAGCAAGGAAUGUGCUAGUGACCCACGGACGAGUAGCCAAAAUCUGUGACUUUGGGCUGGCGAGGGACAUCAUGAAUGAUUCAAACUAUGUUGUCAAAGGCAAUGCCCGUCUGCCGGUGAAGUGGAUGGCCCCAGAGAGUAUCUUUGACUGCAUAUACACUGUGCAAAGUGAUGUGUGGUCCUACGGCAUCCUCCUCUGGGAGAUCUUCUCGCUGGGUAAAAGCCCAUACCCUGGCAUGCUGGUGAAUAGCAAGUUUUACAGCAUGGUGAAGCAGGGGUAUCAGAUGGCCAGACCAGACUUUGCUCCUAUGGAAAUGUAUCGCAUCAUGCAAGCAUGUUGGAAUCUGCAACCCACCCGACGGCCCACCUUUGACCAGAUAUGCCAUUUCAUUCAAAAGCAACUGGAUGCCAACAAGGAACAGGACUAUACAAAUCUCCCCAGUAGCUCGGAGGAAGACAGCGUGUGCGAGCCCUCUGGCUGCUGUGAAGAGUCCUGUGACCAAGCAGAUAGCAGUCAGCCUCUUCUGAAGAGCAACAAUUACCAGUUCUGUUAA